UCAAAUCAACUCUCUCUGACAUUUGGGCUACAGAGCGAAGGCUCUCUGUUUUUUAGUUUUUCAUUCAUCUCACCGUCUUUUCUCGUCAUCCCUUGUUAAUCACUGGCUGCAUCCCAAGUAGGGCAUCUUAACUAAAUUCCUUUCUCUCUUCUCAUCCCUUCUCUCUCUCAUGCGGUGUUUGCCUCUCAUGGACUUGACAGGCAGCGUAAUAGAUUAAGACACGCUGCAGUCAGGAAUGCUGCAGGGAGAAGAAGCUGCUGCAGUAGUGUGUGUUUUUGGCUUUAUGUGCGUGUUGGCCGCGACUGUCUUUGUCUGUGGCAGGAGCCUYUUAAAGGGACACCCUGCCUGCGUUGGUCCGUUGGCGGCUGGUAAACCUGCAGUGGCUCAGAAUAACGGCAGCUUCCACGCUUUCCUUCUCUCCUCCCUCCUUUUCAUCCUCUGUUGCUUUCUUUAACACAAUCCUAUUUCUGUCGCUUUCUCUUGACAUCUUUUUCAUCUACUGAUUCCCCCCCCACUCUUCCCCUCUUUCACCAUCUCUCUCUCUCACCUGGUAUWGGUCUGGUAAUCUGUGGACUAAAGCCAUGAGUCAGUUGGGGGGGGAGAGAGUGGUUGAGUCAUCAGUGUUGCGUUUAGACUAGAGGACAGAGAGUCAGUCGGUAGGGAUCUCCUUUGCAACGCUUUUCAAAACGGGAGGGAAACGCACUGGCCGUGCGGGUUCGGGGGCUCUCAACAUGGCUGCAGCCUUUCAAGACUUCCAGAGGAGCGAGUCGGACCGGCUAAACGAGGUGAAGGGUCAUCUGGAGAUUGCCUUGCUGGAGAAACACUUCCUACAAGAGGAGUUGAGGAAGCUACGAGARGAAACGAAUGUGGAGAAGAUAAAGGAAGAGCUGGAGAGGGAGAGGGGGAAGAGGCUCGACCUCGAACUGAGGAUGAACGAGGUGCUGAAAUCCAGGUUGGAAGACUCGCCGCCACAGCCUGCCCGUAAACCCCCGUCUCCGACGCCUGCUGCCAAUGGCAAAGACACCGACAAAGAGAAGCCGCCGCAGGGGGAGACCCUGUACUUGCGGGCGUGGAGGUGGCUCUACGACAGGGUGGGGGUCUACAUAGAAGACUUCCGCUUCGUCCCGGAGGAGAACACUGUGGAGGCUGAGGAACCGCUAAGCGCUAAAAGGCUAACAGAAAACAUGAGGCGACUCAAGCGAGGAGCCAGACCUGUCACUAACUUCAUGAGGAACCUCUCAGCCUUAUCCAACUGGCACUCAGUAUACACCUCAGCUAUUUCCUUCAUAAUCUACAUGAAUGCUGCGUGGCAUGGCUGGGCCAUCCCCAUGUUCCUCUUCUUGGCCAUCCUGAGGCUCUCCUUGAAUUACCUCAUUGCUAAAGGUUGGAGGAUUCAGUGGAGCAUUGUGCCGGAUAUUACGGAUCCUAUAGAGCCGUCAAAGGAUGAUUUGACUGUGUCUGAAAAGUUCCAGUUGGUGCUUGAUGUUGCACAAAAAGCCCAGAACCUUUUUGGUAAGAUGGCGGAUGUUUUGGAGAAAAUAAAGAACCUGUUCAUGUGGGUGCAGCCUGAGAUCACUCAGAAGCUCUACAUCAGCCUGUGGGUUACCUUUCUCUCCUCCUGCAUACUGCCCUAUAAACUCGUGGGCUUCAUGAUUGGGCUGUAUGCAGGGAUCAAGUUCUUCAUCAUAGACUUCUUGUUUAAGAGCUGUCCCAAGCUGAGGGACAAAUAUGACACACCUCACAUCGACUGGAAUAACCUACCAACUGAUCCACAGUUGAAGGAGAGGACCAACGCCACAAUGUCUCGACGGCUGUCUGGGUCUGAGAAGAUUCAGCCUGUGGUGGCUAGAGGUAGCCUAGCAACCGUCCCGUGCGGUGUAAACCUGGAUGCUGACAGCGCCAGGAUUCAUAGCACCAAGAAGGGAGCCUUUCAUGAGAUCUUCAACGUCUCAGAGAAUGAGCGCCCUCUACCAGUGUGUGAGAAUGGGUGGCGGUGCUGCCUCAUCAACAGAGACCGGAAGAUGCCAACGGACUACAUACGAAACGGCAUGCUCUAUGUUACAGAGAAUUAUCUGUGCUUCGAGAGUUCCAGUUCCAAAUCAGCCUCCUCCAAGAAGAAUAAGGUUAUUAAGCUGGUGGACAUCACAGAUAUCCAGAAGUACAAAGUGCUGUCUGUCUUACCUGGGUCAGGAAUGGGAAUCUCCAUAGCCACUCCCUCCACACAGAAGCCUCUGGUGUUCGGUGCCAUGAUCCAUCGAGACGAGGCCUUCGAGGCGAUCUUCACCCAGUACAUGAAGAUCACAACCACCUCCAGACAACCCUUGGGCAGCCCUGAGCUGUAGCCCUGAGCUGUAGCCCUGAUAUCCCCAUGGAAAGAGGCCUGGGCUGGGGUCAGGGCUGGGCCACCUACCCCUGAACCCUCCCUAGCUGGAGAAAAGACAAUUGGGGGAAGUGAUGGGACACACCUCUUCUCCUCCCUCUCUUAUUUACAGUGACUGGACAAUCUUUUAUGACUGAGAGGUGUCUGGUGCGCGCGCGCCCGUCUGUCUGGUGCGCGCGCGCCCGUCUGUCUGGUUGCGCGCUCGCCCGUCUGUCUGGUGCG